AGUUAACUUUUCUCUCUUUCACUUGCUAAACAAAAGAAAACACAAGAUGAAGUUCAUCUUCAUAUUGCUUUCAAGCCUCGUACUAGGAUCUCUCUUGGUCGUGAUUGUCUCAAGGGACUCAUCAUCAAAAGUUGUUUCAGGUCAGGAAUGGAACAAAAAUAAGCAUGAGGAACCUUUUGGGAGAACUACAAGAGCUUUUCAUAUGAGGAAGCUAGGAUUUGGAUCUAUCAUGCAUCACGAAGAGACAAGUUUGGAUUCUAAGAAUGGAAAAGUAACUUCAAAGAUUUCAGGUGAUGAGAAUGAUGGUUUGAAGAAGUCUUUUAGAAGCUUACAAGCACCAAAGAAUGAUCUUCAGCAUAUGAUAAUGAGGACAAAGCCAUAUUUGAAAGCCACAAAGUUUGUAAUUCCAAGGAAUAGUCACACCACCAACACAAACACCAAGUGUUCACAAGAUUGCAAGGCAGUCAAGGGAAGCUCAGAGAAAUCAUCAAGGCCUAAGCGACAAAUAUUUGAAAAACAUCAAGGUUUUGAUCAAACUGCAAAAGAGAUUGAAAGCUUGUUUUCUAAGGAUUAUAAGGGAAGACCAGCCCACAAGCCACCCAUCAAUAAUCAUGGGCCUAACAAUUGAGAUCGAUCCAUUAGUGUAUAAUUCUGGCUCACAAUUUUGUACUUUGUUGCUAGUAACUAGUUAAUGGCCUAGAUAUAUAAUAUAAUAUAAUAUUUGUUUUUUUAUAAGGAUUUGUUUCAACUAAAAAAAGUUUUUUUUAAUUUUAUAUUAUUAUUGUUGCUUUUGAUGUAUCAACUAAAAAAGUGUUGUUUCGUUAA